GCCUCUCUAAAAUCAAAAGAGGCCUACACGAGAGACGACUGAUCCUGUUAAUCAUAUAAUUGGGAGGGAACGUGUCAUACUAGAGAGAGAAGACAUGGGGAAUGGUUCAUAUGAGGAAGCCAUUGAGGCCUUGGAGAAGCUCCUCAGAGAGAAGGGAGAUUUGAAAGCAGAAGCAACAUCAAAGGUGGAGCAGAUAACAGCUGAAUUGAAGAGUGGCGGAGAAGCAGCCAAGCCAAGCUAUGAUGCUGUUGAGAGACUCAAAUCUGGUUUCAUUCAUUUCAAGAAGGAGAAAUAUGACAAGAACCCAGAAUUGUAUGGUGAACUUGCCAAGGGCCAAAGCCCCAAGUUCAUGGUGUUUGCUUGCUCUGAUUCAAGAGUUUGCCCAUCUCAUGUUCUUGAUUUCCAACCAGGGGAGGCUUUUGUGGUCAGAAAUGUAGCCAAUUUGGUUCCUCCAUAUGAUCAGAGCAAAUUCUCAGGAACUGGAUCCGCCAUUGAAUAUGCUGUUCUUCAUCUCAAGGUUCAAUACAUUGUUGUGAUCGGUCACAGUGCUUGUGGUGGUAUUAAAGGGCUCAUGACCUUUCCAUUUGAUGGAAAAUACUCAACUGAUUUCAUUGAAGAAUGGGUGAAAAUUGGGUUGCCUGCUAAGGCCAAGGUGAAAUCAAAGCAUGGUGAGGGAGAGCUUGGGGAACUAUGUACACACUGUGAAAAGGAAGCAGUUGAUGUAUCCCUUGGGAAUCUCUUGACCUAUCCAUUUGUUAGGGAUGGUUUGGUGAAUGGAACUCUUGGACUCAAGGGUGGUCACUACGACUUCGUUAAAGGAACUUUCGAGCUCUGGGGACUCGAUUUCAGCUUUAGUCCGUCUAUUUCUGUAUGAGCAUCGUCUAUUAUCGACAGAACGAUCUGGUUUUUCUAUAUAUGAUGUACUUUUCUUUGUGUAAUUGCCUUUUCUGGUAUAUAAGUUGACAAUAAAUAUGAGAUGGAGUUCAUCUUUCUACCAUUUCUUUCAAGCAAUCAGAAUGAUGCAGAAUUUCAAGUC